CGUGCGUACUAAACCGGCGCCAAAUACCGCGCGCGCGGGCUACCAGAGAUUUGAGCACGUUCAGUUUUCGUCUGAACGCGCCGCGUGCCAGUGUGCCCUCUCGGUGAAAACGGUUUGCCUUUUUUUUUUGGGGGAUUUUUCCUUUUUACUUAUCCAACGAAUUUAGUUCUCUUCUCUCUCAAAAUGAAACUUACAACGUAAUUGAUUUCGUAUCAUGUGCAAUGGAUAGAAGUUUUCCGACAGCCGCAGUUUAGUUUAUAUUUUUUUCGUGUGCAUAUCUCAAUAUUUUUUGUAUCGAUUUCCCUGAAUUUUUCCAUGAUUUUUUCACUCACGAUGGCUGCAUGGUCAAACUCAAAACGAAGUUUCCAAUUUUUCGUUGUGACAGUGCUUGUAGCGAUCACGGGCUGCGCUUCGCAAACCAUUCAGAUAACGCCCAACGAAGAAGAACCGGUGAGAGAAGAACGGUCGAAAUACGGCGUGACAUGUUAUGGCCCAAACCUCAGYGAAUUCCAAUGGCGUGGUCCCGCGGGUAUAAUAUCACAGAGCCCGCAAUUCAGGGUGCAUUCGCAGAAGUUGGCGAUGCAGCGGAACCAGACCGGACUUCUAUUGGUGUUCGAGACGGUCAAACAGGAGGACGUGGGCCGUUAUUUUUGUACUGCAUCCGGCAUGGACGGACGCGGCCAUUCCAUCAGCAUCACGCUGACCGUGACUAAAAUAUUAGAAUUCGACACGCCCGUUGAACAGAUCACUAACGAGUACACCGACUACUUUAUCAGGUGCAAAGUGAAAGGCAACACAAACCCCACUUUUAUGUGGUCGUACAAUGGUCAGACAUUAAAAGAAAAAACGUCAAGCGGAAAGUAUUCAGUCAUCGAUGGCGGACUGAUGGUACGGAACGUGACACACCUAGAUUCGGGUAAAUACACUUGCAGAGCUUUCGAGACCACUAACAAGUCUAGCGUUUCCGGAAGUACCAUAAUCGAAUUAAAAGUCAGACAUAAACCGGUGUUUUUAAACCACAUGGAAAGCGAUCCCGUUGACCUAUACGUAUUCCAGUCGGACUCAGUUAAUUUGACGUGUCAGAAUUCAGCCGAACCUGCAGCAAACAUGUCGUGGAGUUUCAACGGAAAAUACUUCAUCAAUCCAGCCGACCACUACAUUGUGACGUUCAACAGACCGGAAAAGUUGGGAUCGUACUCGUGCACGGCCACGAAUAAUUUGGGCAAAAUCACCAGACGGUUCAACCUGAUCGAAGGGUUCAAGCCGAAAACGCCCAGCGGUCUGUCGGUGGCGCGUGUCGGCGACAACUACAUCGAACUGCAAGUGUUGCCCAAUGACGAAGGGGACGAGUUGAUUGGCUACAGAGUCGAGUACGUGACGAGAGUCGUGGAACCCAGCGGAAACACUUUCGAAAGUUUUGACAUGAUGAACUUCAAUACUACCGAAGGUCCUUUUGCACUAGUCAACCUCAAGCCCAACACUGAAUACAUAACGAAAAUCUUGGCAAGAAAUCGGGCCGGUUACAGCGAAUACACCGAACCGAUCGUGGUCCGGACGUCGCCGGAAAUAGUCAACAGUGGCGGUAUGGCGACCCACUCCUGCGACGGGUUCCUCCUCCGACAGCUCCUGACCCUCAUYGCCGGCGCUUUGAUCGCGGCUAGACUAUAAUAACUGUCGCCGAUCGAUACAAACAGUCGCAUAAUAUUAGAUCAGUCUUCAUAUAGAUCUAUUCAAAGCUUCUAUAUGUAUUAUAUGACUAAAGCCAUCACGGCAUAAUAUUAUAAUAACAGAUCUAUCUUAUCUUUCUAUAUAUAUACAUAAUAUUAUAAUAACAUAAGUUAUAUUAUACAGCCACCAUCACUCCGGUAUAAUGUAAUACGGUCAUCCACGCAUCGUUAAAAUAGUUUUAUCGGGGCACACGAUUCCCCGGCCGCUUGUUUAAUUUUUAUUGUAUAUGACCUAUAUAUUAUAAUAAUACAUGUCACUUGAUGUCGUUGUGACGUCGACGAUAUUUCAAUAAUAAUAUACUCGUAUUAUUAUAUAUUAUACUAUCCUAGUCCUUUUACUCUAUAUCUAUAUAAACUAUUAUAUCUGUAUCGAAUCCGUAUGAACAAAUACAGUUAUGAUAACACGCUUCAUUCGCGAUUAUGGCGUUCCAAUAACAUUGCCACUCUUUUCUAGGUAAUAUAUACGUCAUAUUGAACACACACACACAUACACAACUCACGUUCGACGUGUAUAUCUCUUUCAAAUGAUACGUGAACAGACAGACACACAAUAUUUGGCUUUUGUCGCAGUCGUCCAAUUCAUCGGCAACGGCUGUGUGUAAUAUUCCCGUGUUCGGUGGAGAGUGAGACUAAAAUAAUAUGUCUGCCGUCGCCACCGCAGUGCGCAAAACAGUGUGUUUAUAUUACAUUAUAUACGACACACAAUCCCGUCAUUCCGAAAUAAUAAUAAUAAUAAUAAUAUUUUUAUAAUAUUAUUAUUGUUGCGUCGACAUAUUAUUAUUGUUAUUUGUUUUUUCGCCAAAGACACAGUCUCCGCUUUUGCCGCCACCACCACCUCCACUUUUAAAAUACGUAGUCGUAUCCUAUUUGCGCAUCGAUGGCUAAAAUAUUCUGAAGAAUAUAAAAAAAAAAAUUAAUGUAAAAUUAUUUACGCGCUUAAGGUUUAUUUCUUCUCCGUAAUAACAUUACGUUACUGUAAAUAUCUAAAUACUCUAACACUAUAUUCUAUAUAAUAUUUUACGCGUACUCUAGUAACGAUAAUCCCAAUAAUAUAUUACAUAGAUAGGUAUUGUUAGGUUUAUAAGUUAUAACAAUAUGUUAUACUAAUAUAUACAGCAUGUUGUGCGAUUAUGAUUGUUUAAGUGGAUAAAAAAAA